AUGUCAGGAUUGGUAUCCAAAUGGGCUACUGAUGAGUCAUUAGUUCAAGAAGCACUCAAGCAAGACUCAAAACAUGACGACCACAAACACAACAGUCUUGAGGAUAGUAAAUGGAAUAAACCAAUAACAAGCAAAGCAUCGGAACCCUUAGUUAGCAAAUGGGCCAACGCUGAUGAUGAUGAUGAUAAUAAUGAAGAGAAAGCUGAAGUAGUGGAAGACAAACAUGCAACCACUAGACCUAAGGGACCAAGAGCCCCUCCUCGUACACCAAAGAAGAAUCACAGAUCUAGCUAUCCCACGCCUCCAUCAUCGGCAGAGAUAGACAGUGCAAACCCAUUGGCACUGAGAUUGGACAUGUUGAAUCUUGGAAAGGAUUUGGGAUCAAGACCUGCAGAGAAAAGAAGAGCAGAUCGGGAUCAUCAUCGUCAUCAUGAACGUGGCACAGAAUCAAUACGAGAGAAGAACCACUCGCACAGAGGUGAACACAGACACAACCAUAGAGAUGAACAUAGACACAGUCACAGACCACGUCAUUCACACAACACUAAUAAACCACAUGACCAUGCUAAGCAGCAACUCAAGCAGGAACUUGAUGAGGAACAAGAAGAGGAGGAGGAAGAGGAUGAGGAACGACAAAAAGAAUUGCUUAAACAAUUUGAGGAAUGGGAAUCACAGCAUAUUGAUUGGGCGGAUAUAGAAGAUUAG